CGAUAGGGUGUAUUUUUUUCAUCGAAUCAUAAGACAUAAAAGACCAGUGUAUCGUGCCGUUUAGUAAGGUUUUAACAUUCAAGAUGAGGCUAAUAAAUGCUACAUAAAAUACACUCCAAAAACAUGACACUAUGCUACGUGCUAUGUUUAGUGGUCAUAUGGAAAUUCGCAAAGACUCAGAAGGGUGGGUAUUAAUAGACAGGUGUGGUAAACAUUUUGGAACAAUCUUGAAUUUCUUAAGGGACGGCUCGGUUCCUUUACCGGAGAGCACAAAAGAAAUGGCAGAACUACUCACAGAGGCAAAAUUUUAUUGCAUCAGCGAACUGGCUGAAUCAUGUGAACAAGCGCUUCUUCGAAAGGAGAGAGAAGCAGAACCUAUUUGUAGGGUUCCGCUUAUCACUUCUCAAAGAGAAGAGCAAUUGUUAAUUAGCAACACUACUAAACCAGUAGUGAAGUUGCUCAUUAAUAGGCACAAUAACAAAUAUUCAUACACAAGUACGUCAGAUGACAAUCUGUUAAAAAACAUAGAAUUGUUCGACAAAAUGUCCCUUAGAUUCAGCGGUAGAGUGCUAUUUAUUAAAGAUGUAAUCGGCUCCAGUGAAAUUUGUUGUUGGACAUUCUAUGGUCAUGGCCGAAAAAUUGCAGAAGUUUGUUGCCACUCCAUUGUAUAUACAACCGACAAAAAACAUACAAAGGUUGAGUUUCCAGAGGCCAGAAUUUACGAAGAGACAUUAAAUAUUUUAUUAUAUGAACACCGAAAUGGUCCUGACCAAGAAUUAAUGCAAGCAACAUCCUCGCGUGGUGCGGUCAGUGGUGCGCCACCCUGUACAUCAGACGAAGAAGAGGGUGAGCGUUCAGGCUUGGCUCGCCUUCGCUCCAACAAACAAAACACCAACUGACCCAACCUAGCCCCUCUUACCUCUUCCCAUCCCGCGACCUUUAGCGCCGUUCUGGUCCUCGCCCUUAAGACGCGAGCCAAUAUAAAGUAAGAUGUGUGAAAAAGGAGAUACAUAGAAAAUUCCAUACAUACGUAUGAAUAUAUAUUUCAUAUGUAUAUAUGUGUCUCUUUCCCUUUCUCGUACAACAAUAAACGAACAAUAUCGUUAGGAUCGGUUGUACGAUGGUCUACCGAUAAGUUUCGCAUCACACUUUUAUAUUUUCUUGGUACAUAGCUAUACAUCCUAAUUAUUUUACAUAUCCGGGGAUCAUUUGCCGAUAAUUUUGAUUUCGAACAGAAUGACAAGUUCGUCUUGAAUUAAUUCAUACUUAUUGCAAUAAGAUAUAGAGUAAUACGAAAAAUGUAAGAAUCGUUUUCUUAUUUUCUUAUUUUCAUAUUGAGAAUUUGAGAAUAAGUGUCCAUAAGAAAACAGAGACGCGAGUACUAUUUAUGUGCCAAAUGUUUGUGUCAGAAGUAAAAACAGAAGUAAGUCGAAGUUGCCAUUCUGUGAUUGAUGGAAUUAUUUACUAUCUGAUACUCUAUGACAACUUUUAAGCAGUUAUUUAGAAUAAUAAAUUGUAUAAAAACUUGCACAACAUAGGACUGCAUUGUUACCUGUUAUAAGUAUUAUUAUUAUUAUAGUUAUUACUAUUAUACAAUUAUGAUUAUUAUUACUAUUUCUACUAUUAUUAGUAUUUGCAUUAGUAGAUUGCAGUUAUCAAUAUUUUUUAUUACUACUACUAUCACUAGCAUUAUUAUAAAUUCAACAUGUUUAUAUCAUUUUUUUACAAAACAGAAUAACUAUAUAUGCCAAUAAAUUAAUAACAUAAAAAGUGUGUUUGCUUGCAUUUUUCAACUGGGAAAUUUCUAUUGAACUGCUUAAAGGAUGCUGUGGAGUAAACACUGCCAGUAAAAUAACUACAACAGAGUAUAUAAAAUGAUAUCAGUCAGAUACAAUUCAAUGUUAUUCGAAAUUAUAUAAACAUAGGUCCUGUAUCACAAACAACAUAAUAAUUUUUUAUAAGCAUAUAAGCUUUGUGUUAAUUUCUGUACAUCAUUCCAAAAGUGGUACAUUUUUUUUUUCUCAUAUUAAUGCUUUUUACUUUACUUACAUACUUCAAUUUAUGAAAACAAAUAUGUUGUAAUUCAGCGAACACUGCAAACUGAUAUAGCAUACUUUUCCUAAUAUGGUGCAAAAUCUUACAUUUAAUGAAGGGACCAUAUGUAUUCCAGUUUCAUACCUACAGUCAUUUCGCUGUAGGAAAACUAUCAUGCAAAGAUUGUCUGUUAUUCCUUAAUUUAAAAAAUUCAAAAAUUAAAAAUCCACAUAUUUUAUUCUCCCGAAUACAAGACGAUAUUUAUGCGUAUACAUUAUAGCAAUGUGGAAAAAAAUACAAGGUUUGAUAACAUAAAGAAAUUUAAGUUCCUAUAAUUUUAUAUAAGGAAAAUUUUGAAAUUGUAGGUAGUGAGUGUCGUUCAUAUUUCAUAUUUAUUAUAAACCGAUUAUAGUUAAUAAAAUUGUGUAAUAUGUAAGUUAAGCUAAAUGCAAUAUAUAUUAUGUUAAUGAAAAUGUUAUUGCUGCUUGAAUUUUUCAACCUCAUGGUAGAGCACAGUUUUAGCGGCCUCCUUGUAGUCAGGUAAAACCGACACGAGCUUUAACAUUUGUUGAAAUUACAUGUUUUCAUAUGUAAAAUAAUAGAAUUAGUUGUCGUCAAGAGUGAAUUAAAAAUUGUACUGAUUAUUUAUGUUUUCUUUCAGGAAACUAGUACGUCCCAUCAAAAUACAUAGGGUAGCCAUGGUCCACUUAUUAAAUCGACGAAAUUUCUAAUCUAACUACAUUGUGCAAGCCAGCAACGUUUCCGUUUUACAGAUAUUUAAAAAUAUACAGAAAGUUUUGUCUUGUAUCCGGGUGAAUCGAGUAUCUCAUGAAUUUUUCGAAUAAUUUCUUUCAUUUAUUCAAUUCAUAAAUCGAAAACAAAAACAAUACUUAUUGUUUUUGUAAAUGUCAACUCAUUGCUGCUCAAAUAGCAAAACAUAUUUCAAUCCACACACUUCCAGGCAUUGCAUUUGCCUAAAUUUUUGAAACUGUAUAUAAUAAAAAUACAUGUACAUGACAUCAAUUGCGAAUUUGCAGAUUUGCCAAAAUAUCUUAUCCAAAGGCAAAAAUAAAGUAUCAAAUGGUAUAGUACUACACGAAGUUGAAAUAUCAAGUUUAAUCUACCGAAUAAAAAUAACCCUGCUCCGUGUAUAGUUAAUGUUGUAACUGUUAUAAAAAAAAAAAAGUAAUGAUAAUAUUACAUUCAGUACUAUUUUAUGAAAAAUGUAUUAAAUUAUAGUUUUCGUUGCAUAUUUAGGUAACAUUUAUAAUGUGUUAAUUCAUGCUGUAACAAAUAUUAUUUGUAUCUGUGUGCAUAUUUGAUAGAAAAAGACUGAUUUGCAAUAUAUUUUUCUUCAAAAUUUAUUUGAGAAAAAUAAAUUUGCAAAAAGUGGGGCCAUUAAAUAUCUGAGAUAAUAAUUAUCUGGAGAACAGGGUAUUUUUGCAAAAUGUCAAGGAAAAUAUCAAAUAAUACUUGCUAGAUGCAUAAUAAAUAAAUAAAAUAGUGACGCAAAUAAAAAUAUCGACAUGGAAUACAUAAAUAUUUAUC